CACAAGAAAUACUACUUAAGAAAAGGAACUCAGUCCUCUUUAACUAGUUAGAAAAUAGGCCAGGAUCAUAAUAUAUUAUUUCUCUAAAAUAGAAAUGUGUUUUUAUACCUUGAUAUAUCCUUUUAUGCAGAUUGCUCAUUGGUACCUCCCACGUAUAGCAUUUUGGUUCUAAAAUGCUAUCUUUUCUCAUGACCUGUUGUAGCUUUAUAUUUCUGUUGUCAUGGAGAAAUGCAGCGUAUGGACAGCAAAUACAGUGCCAUGAGUAAACAUAGUGUCACUGUUGUAUGCAUUCUCAUUACUUAUUUAGAGAGUAACGGCUUGACCAUGGACAGGUUUACAGAAAACAAAUGCAACACCCUUAAAAUAUGGAUCUCUUUGAAAAGAACAGAUCUGAAUGAGACCAGAAUUACUGUUCUAAAAGAUGUCUACAUACCAAGAGAAGCAGACUCAACUACUGUCAAACAGAUCCUUAUCCGCUCAUUUGGGGUUAGUGAUGUUGACCUUAUAUUAAAGCUUAGAAACAACAGCGGGUUUCUAAUCCCUAUUAAUAGUGACUUGCUCAAGAACAGCAAACAAACGCCAUAUAUUUUGGAGGUGGUACACGUAUUCCAACAUGUUGUUCCUAAACCUCGAACUGUCGCAAUGAUAGUUAUCAACAAAAGCCUUAAAAGCAGACUUCAAAGUAUCACAAAAAGGAUUGAAAGACUGGAAGCUAUUAUACCAGAAAUAAAACUGAGGCAUCAAGAAAAAAUAAGUAAGGAAAUAGCACUAUUGAAUCAGAAACUGAACUUUUUGAAUCAGAGAAUGCUGAUGGCUGAUUCUCACCACUGGAAAGGAAUGUUCAAGCGACCUCCACUUUGGUGAAUUCAAGAUUGUAUUACUAUGCAGUGGAUGUAAACUGCCGUUAUAAUAUUACCUAAUAAAGUCACAUCAAUAUGAA